AUGGCAGAAGCCAGUAUCUCAUGGGCUGAGGAUCAGUUCUGCUGUCCAGUGUGUCUGGAUCUGCUGAAGGAUCCAGUGACGAUUCCCUGUGGACACAGUUACUGCAAGAGCUGCAUCACAAACUGCUGGAAUCAGGAAGAUCAGAAGGGAAUCUACAGAUGUCCUGAGUGCAAACAGACCUUCAAACCAAGACCUGUUUUAGGUAAGAAUGUGGUGCUUGCUAAAAUGGUGGAGAAACUGAAGAAGACGAGACUCCAAGCUACUGCUCCUGCAGUUCAUCACACUGGACCUGGAGAUGUUCAGUGCGAUUCCUGCACUGGAAUUAAACAGAAAGCAGUGAAAUCGUGCCUGGACUGUCGAAGCUCUUACUGUCAAAAUCAUCUUGAACAGCAUGAGAGUCUCUUCAGAGGUAGAAAACACAAUCUGAUGGAUGCCACUGGACGACUGCAAGAGAUGAUCUGCCCUCGUCAUGAUAAAAUGCUGGAAAUUUAUUGUCGUACUGACCAGCAGUGUAUCUGUAUGCUGUGUUCAGUGGAUGAACACAAAAAUCAUGACAUUGUAUCAACUGCAGCAGUGAGGACAGAGAAACAGAGACAUGUGGUGAAAAAACAGAGAAACUUCCAGAAAAUAAUCCAGCAGAAAGAGAAAGAUCUUCAGGAGCUGAAAGAGGCUGUGGAGUCUCAUAAGCGCUCUGCACAGACAGCAGUGGAGGACAGUGAGAGGAUCUUCACUGAACUCGUCCGCUCCAUUGAGAAACGUCGCUCUGAGGUGAUGCAGCUGAUCAGAGAUCAGGAAAGAGCUGCAGUGAGUCGAGCUGAAGAACAACUGGCGCGAUUGGAGCUGGAGCUCGAUGAGUUGAAGAGGACAGAAGCUGACCUGAAGCAGCUUUCAGAGACAGAUGAUCAUAUUCAUUUCCUUCAGUCUUUAGUUUCGUCUGUCUCUCACUCUGGAUCUACAGAUGUCUUCACCGUCAGCUCUCAUCUCUCAUUUGAUGAUGUAGAGGAAUCAGUUUCUCAACUCAAAGACAAACUGCAGCAGUUCUGCAAAGAGGAAGCAGAGAAGAUGUCUUCUAGAGUGAAAACCGUACAGGUCGUUCUGACUCCUGAAUAUCAGACCAGAGAAGAGUUUCUACAAUAUUUCCACCUGUUGACUCUGGAUCCAAACUCAGUGAAUAAUUGGCUCCGUCUGUCUGAGGGAAACACAGUGUUGGCUUUUGCUGACAAAUACCAGCCGAAUCCUGAUCAUCCAGACAGAUUUGAUUGUUGGACCGAGGCGAUGUGUAGAGAGAGUGUGACUGGUCACUGUUACUGGGAGGUGGAGUGGAGCGGAGAUGGCUCAUUAGGAGUAGAUAUAGCAGUGACAUACAAGAGCAUCAGCAGGAAGGAAGAGGGUCCUCUGAGUGCAGCUGGACGUAACGAUCAAUCCUGGAGUUUGUUCUGCUCUCCAGACUGUUGCUCAUUCUGGCACAGUAGCAUAGAGACUAAACUCCCUUUAGUGUCCAGCCGUAGCAUAGGAGUGUAUGUGGAUCACAGCGCAGGGAUUUUGUCCUUCUACAGCGUCUCUGACACAAUGAGUCUCAUCCACAGAGUCCAAACCACAUUCACUCAGCCACUGUAUGCCAUGUUUGGACUAGAAACUGAUACAACAGUGAAAAUAUGCCAUCUGACCAAUUAAAUCACGCAGUUUAUUUAGUCAUAAAUGAUUAUAAAUCAGUACCAGUAAGAUGUCAUGGAGCUUAAAAAAAAUUAUAAUAAUAAAAAAUCUAAAUUAUAGCUUUUUUAUUAUAACUUUUAAUAACCACUGAUCUAUUAAGUGUAAAACGUCUCAUCAGAUGAGUAUAGGCUAAUAAUGGCAGUAGUGUUAGCGCUGAAAAUGAAUGUUGAAAAUGUUUGAAAGGUGUUGCUGCUGUUCUGACAUUCACCUGUAAAAUUUACCUGAUUAAA